CUCGCUCAGUCGAGGAAAAAGUCUCCUUUACAUGUCUGGCUCAGUAAUUUCAUCGAACACUUCCUAGGCAACCACACAACUUCCGUACGUACACAACACGUGUCACAAACCAGACGUCAAGUUCUCCCCACGUGUCAUUCACGUGGCUUUGUCUAAAGAGCUUCCUCCUCCACAGCAAUCGUUAAACCUCAGAGACGAACAACAAAGCAAGCAAUCACAAUUGCAAUGCUCCGAUUCAAUCUCCGCCGUCAAAUCUCCAAUUCAACCGGCAUUUACCGCCGGAACAUACACAGCGGUCUCGAAGAUGCCGGUCCGAUGGCAUCAAGGCUUAAAUCCCGAUCCGUCGUCCGGUUUAGCGGACCGGAUACGGUUAAGUUUCUCCAGGGAUUGUUGACCAACGAUGUACGGAGGUUCGGUGAAUCGUCCAGCGAGAAAACCUCGGCGGUUCCCACUACGAACAUGCCUUCCGUCUCAACGCCGUCUAUGUACGCGGCGCUUUUAACUCCUCAGGGAAGGUUUCUGUACGACUUUUUCUUGUAUAACCCGACCCGACCAGACGAAAAGCUUGAUCGAACCGGUUCUGGACCCGGGUCGGAUCCGGGUCGUGAUGGGUCUGUUGAGUUGUUUGCAGAUGUUGAUGUUAAUGUCCUCGAUGAGUUGCUUGAGACACUAAAAAAAUAUCGUUUGAGGUCGAAAGUGGAUAUUGAAAACGUUGCGGAAGAGUUCUCGUGUUGGCAGCGUUACGGUAGGAACCUUUCUGGAGCGUCGUCUGUAGGUUGGGGAGGUGGUGUUGAUCGUGCUGGUGAGACUACAGCUAGUGGUAAUAAGUAUGGUUGGCAAUGGUACGAGGAUCCAAGGUUGGACUGUCUUGGUUACAGAAGCAUUUUUCCUUCUGAUGCAACUCCGCCUUUGGUUGAGGCAGAUAAAGAAACAGAUGAGAGCAAUUACCUUUUGUGGAGGUUAGAGCAUGGAGUUGCUGAAGGAUCAGCUGAAAUACCUAAAGGUGAAGCAAUUCCACUUGAAUAUAAUUUUGUGGGUCUUAAUGCGAUAAGCUUUGAUAAAGGCUGCUAUGUUGGUCAAGAGCUUAUAGCUCGUACUCACCACCGUGGUGUCAUCCGCAAACGCCUUGUUCCUUUACGAUUCAUUGAUAGCAAUGGAAAAGAGGUGAACCAGAAAAUCGCCGCUGGAGCUGAAGUGGUUGAAUCAGGAAGCGGCAAGAAAGUGGGGACAGUUUCAACAGCUUUAGGUAGCCGAGGAAUGGGAGUGAUGAGAGUAGAGGAAGUCUUUAAAGCAUCAGCUGAACUGUCAGUAAGUGGGUCAGAGGAGGUGAAGGUCGAGGCAAUUAGACCGACGUGGUGGCCAGCUGAGUGGUUCCAACAGAAUCAGUCAGGGGUUGCCUCUGCGUAGUGACUACUUUUUUUGAGUUUAACAGAAUAAAGUUGAAUACUUUUCCGGCGAGAAGCUGCCCUUUAUUGUUAAUGCCAGGCAACAAGCAAGUUUGUAGCUUUGUUUACAUUUCACUGUUUAACAAAUAAUAAUGUUUUGAUAAUGAUGCUACUGUCAAAAUUCAAGUUUAUUAAGUUUGGUGGUCUUGGUACAUGAAUUUGGUAACAAGACUGAUCUUUAGUUUGAUUCUGAACCGA